CCGCAAGCAACGGCGAUGACUGACAGAAGAACAAGGCGCACUGUCGGUGGUGGUGGCACUGGCAGCGCAGGUGGCAGCAGCAACCCGUUCAAGCGCAGCAAGCCGCUUGCCGGCCCUGUGCGCCGCGUACCAAGCAGAGGACCCUCCCUAUCGCUUGACGAUGAUAAUCUUGAAGCUGAUGGUGGCGACGACGGCAACAUCGCAGCAACCUUUCUCGGAACACAGAAGCCAAAUGCACCAGCGGUGGUGCCACAAACACAUGCCCGCAACGUGUUUGCAGUGAGGGCGACACCUUCGGCCUCUUCUGCUGUUUCCACCGCGCAGCACGCGAACCAGCCCUCGGCAGCUCACCAGAGCCAACCAUAUACACACACGCCCUUAAUGGCUACAGAUACAAGUGCUGUUAGCGGUGCUGUCAGUGAUACUGUUGGUGGUGUUCACAAUGAUGAAAGCGAUGACGAUGAUGACGACGAUUACGGCGAUGAUGAUGAUGACUUUGUGGACGAGGACCACAGGCUUCAUCAUCGCCGCGUGCUUCGGCGCCACCGUCUCAGAAAAAAUGGCGCUGAUGCCGAAGACUCGCAGUGCGGAAAACUGGACCGUGGUGGUGGUGGUGGUGGACUUAACGAGUUUGACGACGACGACUUCUGGAACACGCAGCACGCACUCAACGACUCCCGAUACACCUUCAUUGAUGAGGGCGACAGUGACAUCAUGACGCCACCAGGCACUCAGCCGCUCACAGCAAACUCGCAAGAGCACGGGCUGACCCUUGAGCGCAGCCAUACCCAGCCAGAUCGCGUUGAACAUGAACAAAAGGGCUUCACCUCCGUGGAUUUGGCAACAGCUCGGCGAGCCAAACGAUCAUCAACUCAGCAACAACAACAACACAAGCAGCAGCAGCAGCAGCAGCAACAGCAGCAGCAGGGUAAUCCAUGCCAACGCAAGUCUCCUCCCUCUGCUCACACGAGUGUGCCACAAGCGGUGAUUUCAGCAGCACAGAGUGGGCCUCUGCCAUCGCAUCCGUCCUCCUCUGCCGCCCCAUCACCGCCAUCGUCAUCAACCGCAAGUGGCCCAUAUACACACAUUCGGCACCAUCUCAAGCCUCAGCGGCGCAAGAAACAGGGACGAGAGCAGCCAGGGCAGAGACAGGGGGUUGGAAGCCACGGCGUAGCAGACAACCGGGGACCCGUGCCAUCAACAUCACCAACGUCCACCGCCACAGCUAUGCCAACGUCAACAGCGUCAGCAACACCCAUGACUGCAACCUCGGCUGUAUCCUCCCUGCCUGCGUCGCAGCACCCACCGUCCAUCUUUGACGAGGUGCUUGGCGCUGGUCUUAAGCAGCCGCAGGCGCGCGCAUCAGCACGGCAGCGGUCAGACGCAGCAAAACCAAAAGAGCCAGCACGCAUCGUCAGCAGCAGCACGCCCCCUGUUGACCUCAGCAUCAAGACCAAGCUCAGCGUUUCCACGAUGCACAGCUUGCGUCACGCGUGCUUUCCAUCGCAGUCACAGCGCGUGCACGCCCUACACCGGGCCGUGUCUCCACCAAGGGUGGCUCCAGCGUCCGCUGACGCAACAAGCAGUAAGCCGCGUGGUGGCGAUGCUGUGGACAUCGACGACCCAGCACUGCUCGUCGCGUCUGCACUUCACUUCUUCUCCUUUCCGGACAUCAGAAUCAAUGAGGGACUGAUUGACCCUGUGUUUCCAAAGGGGGUGGACCAGCUUAGUGAAACGGGCGAGAUGUGGGAGGACGCGGCCACGUCUCUAUGGGAUUCCGUCACUGCCGGCCUCUGUGAUUACUUCUACCUCCUCGCUCCUGACUUUGAAUUUCUCCUCUGGCAACAACCACUGCGCGCUGUUGUCACGCGUACGUCGAGGGGAUUUCGAAGACUAUUGGACAACAACGGCGUCAAGUUUCGUAGUGCGCACGAUGGCAGCGCAGAGAUGCAGCAAGCAGAGGAGGUGGAGAGCGAGCUGGAGGCAUUACAAGACGUGUUUAAGAUUCGGCGGCGGUCAAGUCGGGCGCUGCCGAGUACGGCGUCGGAGAUUAUCGUGUCUGGCGUGGACAGCAUCUCGAAACUUCGACCCAUCAUCACGCAGCUGCAGUUUAUGAACGAGGCAACGAGGCGAACCAGGGAACCCCCUGUGCUGUUGUCGAACACCCCGUUCCUCAACGCACAUAUCAAGCAAGUGAAGUGCCAAUACCUUGGGAAGGUGUCUCGUGAAAUUGAUCGCGUCACCAUCGAGGAGGAUGUGAUGGAGAUUGAAGGCCCCAUCCUCCCCACCAUGAUGCACGGUUUGCUUGCUGCAUUGAGCAGCACGCUACAGCAGUUUCACGUGCGGGCAACAGCGCUGCAGUACGCGCACUUGUUCAACACGGGCGUGGAGUGGGACGAGAAGACGGCGCCCUACAUGUGCACACGCACGAGUGGAAUGACCAUCAAGCCCGCAUUCGCCACCGCCAUCUAUGCGAAACGAGCAAAGGCCUAUCGCAUGCACUUUACAGAGUUGCACGGUUUUACUGCGACGGCAAGAGCAGCAGCAACAUCACAGCAAGCAGCGUCACAACACACGACACUCAAGACGCCUGCUUCCUCGACAUAGGACACGACAUAAGGCUCAACACGAUGCACAAUCCACAACAUUCAACAGCAAUAGCCGAUUACGACAAUGGCGCGCUGCGAUGUGAUGAUCACAGCAAACAACAAUACCACGCAACAGCAAUCUACGACAUCAUGAGAUACUGCAUGAGGGCCUGACGCUUCUUGUGCUGUGCCCGGCUUGCCUGUUGCUGUGUCUGACGGGCGAAAGACAGUGGCGUUGUGGUGUUGAAUGCGAAGUUGAAUGUGAACUCAAACCCAAUCAUGUGUAUUCAAAGUCAACCAUGUGCAGUAAACGAAGCAAUCG